GCUUAGAUUUGCCUUUUCUCUCACUAGUGAUUCAACUUCAAGGCAAGCAUGGCUUACAGGAAUGUGGUAAUGUACAUUGAGAUUGGUUGCUUUGUAGUCUGUUUGUCUGGAUGGGUCCUGGUCUGUUCCACAUUGCCUAUAGAGAGCUGGACUUGGUCUGAAGCUAGCAAAAUAGUCCUGACCUCACCACGCUUCUUCUCCAACUUGUGGAAGGAUUGUGUAAGCGAUUCAACUGGAGUAUCUGACUGCAAGGAGAUUCCAUCUUUGCUCGCAUUAAAUUGGGAUAUUCACAUGUGCCGUGCCCUCAUCAUCACCUGCAUUGUCCUGUCCUUCUUUGGAACAGUUCUGGUCUUAGUGGGAAUGAAAUGCACUAAAAUUGGGGGAUCAGAUAUUGCUAACGCAAGAGUAACAUUUGCCGGGGGAAUGAACUUCCUUAUUGGAGGCAUGUGUUCUAUGGUUGCUUUUUCCUACUUUGCUAACACACUUACAGAAGGCUUUAGAGACCCUACCUUCAGAAAUAAGAGGUUUGACAUAGGUGUUGGUGUCUUUAUCGGCUGGGGAGGCUCCUCCUUACUGGUUUCUGGAGGCCUUGUUUACAGUAUUUUUGCAGGGAGGGAAGGCUGCCAUUCAGGGCCAGAACUCUAUCCUGCCUACGAGUACUCUGAUGUCUACACAGUUGUCUCAAGGCAAAAGAGCCUUGAGUCUUCAGCUCACACUGAGAUUAGUGGGAGCAGAAAAUCCCGGACCUUCAGUGACAGCAGAGCUAGCAGCAUCUCUAGGGUCACCAGUACCACCAAGGGGAUAGCUACCAGUGCAUAUGUGUGA